AUGCUGGCUCCGGCGGACUCAGCGGAGGGCCGUCUGCAGCGCGCACGGGACCUCCAGGAGUUCCUCCGGGGGUGCCGAGAGCAGCUGAGGGCUGUGAGUGCGGAGCUGGGCUGGAGCUGCGAGAAUCCGGGCAGAAUCUGGAAGUGUGGGUCCCAGCAGGAGAUGGUUCAGUGUCGUCUGGAUCCAAACCACAAAGUUCCACAGAGAAGUUUGGAAAAACAUCAGAAAAAAUGUCUGCUUCAAAAGAUGGACUACUCUACAGAAGAACAGGAGGAGAUGAUAAACACGUCUUUCUGCUACGAGAACACCGCAGCCAAGACCUUUGUGAUGGACCAGCAGACGCAGCAGGAGGUGGUGUUGGGUGCUCGCUCUGCUGCUCCGCUCAUGAGGAGAGAAGGAGUGUUCUGGCAAGGUCUGUCCUCCUCCUCUCUCCUCUCUCCUCCUCCUUUGUCCUCCUCCUUUGCCCUCCUCCUUUGUCCUCCUCCGCUGUCCUCCUCCUUUGUCCUCCUCCUUUGCCCUCCUCCUUUGCCCUCCUCCUUUGUCCUCCUCCGCUGUCCUCCUCCUCUGUCCUCCUCCUUUGUCCUCCUCCUCUGUCCUCCUCCUUUGUCCUCCUCCUCUGUCCUCCUCCUUUGUCCUCCUCCUCUGUUCUCCUACUUUGUCCUCCUCCUUUGUCCUCCUCCUUUGUCCUCCUCCGUCCUCCUCCUCUGUCCUCCUCCUCUGUCCUCCUCCUUUGUCCUCCUCCUCUGUCCUCCUCCUCUGUCCUCCUCCUCUCUCCUCCAUCUUUGCCCUCCUCCUUUGCCCUCCUCCUUUGUCCUCCUCCUUUGCCCUCCUCCUUUGUCCUCCUCCGCUGUCCUCCUCCUUUGUCUUCCUCUGUCCUCCUCCUCUGUCCUCCUCCUUUGUCCUCCUCCUCUGUCCUCCUCCUUUGUCCUCCUCCUCUGUCCUCCUACUUUGUCCUCCUCCUUUGUCCUCCUCCUCUGUCCUCCUCCUCUGUCCUCCUACUUUGUCCUCCUCCUUUGUCCUCCUCCUCUGUCCUCCUCCUUUGUCCUCCUCCUCUGUCCUCCUCCUUUGUCCUCCUCUGUCCUCCUCCUUUGUCCUCCUCUCUCCUCCUCCGCCCUUCUCCUUUGUCCUCCUCCUUUGUCCUCCUCUGUCCUCCUCCUCUGUCCUCCUCCUUUGUCCUCCUCCUCUGUCCUCCUCCUUUGUCCUCCUCCUCUGUCCUCCUCCUUAGUCCUCCUCCUCUGUCCUCCUACUUUGUCCUCCUCCUUUGUCCUCCUCCUCUGUCCUCCUCCUUUGUCCUCCUCCUCUGUCCUCCUAAUUUGUCCUCCUCCUUUGUCCUCCUCCUCUGUCCUCCUCCUUUGUCCUCCUCCUUUGUCCUCCUCCUUUGUCCUCCUCUGUCCUCCUCCUGUGUACUCCUCCUCUGUCCUCCUCCUUUGUCCUCCUCCUCUGUCCUCCUUUGUCCUCCUCCUCUGUCCUCCUCCUUUGUCCUCCUCCUCUGUCCUCCUACUUUGUCCUCCUCCUUUGUCCUCCUCCUCUGUCCUCCUCCUUUGUCCUCCUCCUCUGUCCUCCUACUUUGUCCUCCUCCUUUGUCCUCCUCCUCUGCCCUCCUCCUUUGUCCUACUUUGUCCUCCUCCUUUGUCCUCCUCCUCUGUCCUCCUACUUUGUCCUCCUCCUUUGUCCUCCUCCUCUGUCCUCCUCCUCUGUCCUCCUACUUUGUCCUCCUCCUCUGUCCUCCUCCUUUGUCCUCCUCCUCUGUCCUCCGCCUUUGUCCUCCUCCUCUGUCCUCCUCCUUUGUCCUCCUCCUCUGUCCUCCUACUUUGUCCUCCUCCUCUGUCCUCCUACUUUGUCCUCCUCCUCUGUCCUCCUCCUUUGUCCUCCUCCCUUGUCCUCCUCUGUGAGUUUAGCUCCGCCCCCGCUGCCGUCCCGCAGAACCACAAGAGGGCGCUGUGUGACCUGACUGUGGCCGAUCGAUUGGCUCUGUACAAUCAUGUGAUUAGCCAAACGACCAAUCAGGAAGAAGCAUCAUCCAACAAAGACGACCUGUACGUGGACCUGGUCCAGAAGAUGCAGAAAGAGGAGACGCAGCCUCAGCCUCAGACUCAGUUGGAGCUGAUGGUUCAGAGGAGAGACUACAAGAGAAGGAGAGAGACCUACAGGGCCAAGAACGUCCACAUCACCAAGAAGUCCUACUCACAGGUACACAGGGACACAGGUACACAGGGACACAGGUACAGAGACUACAAGAGAAGGAGAGAGACCUACAGGGCCAAGAGCGUCCACAUCACCAAGAAGUCCUACUCACAGGUACACAGGGACACAGUGUUAGGAUUAGAUAGCAAUAUGGCCUACGUGCAGGACUAA